AUGCUUUCUCGUGUCGCAAGAUUCCCGUUAAAAUGCGGCCAACAAUGUGCAUCCCUUUCUACAACAAAAGCAGUGCUUUCCGACAAAACUGUUAAGCUGUGGAUAGAUGGUCAAGCCGUCGAGUCCAAAACUAAUGAAUGGAUCGAACUUACCAAUCCCGCGACUAAUGAAGUCAUUUCACGGGUACCAAGGGCUACCAAAGCAGAAAUGGAAGCAGCUACUGAAUCGUGUAAGAAAGCUUUUGCUUCGUGGAAGAAUACAUCACCAUUGACUCGUCAGCAAACGCUUUUCCGCCUUCAAAGCUUAAUUAAACGCGACAUAAAGAAAAUUGCUGAAAACAUCACUCUAGAGCAGGGAAAGACUUUGCCCGACGCCGAAGGAGAUGUCAGUCGAGGUCUUCAGGUUGUGGAACAUGCCUGCUCCGUCCCAUCGUUGAUGCUUGGAGAAACGCUUCCGAAUGUUUCGCGGGAUAUGGAUACCUAUUCUUUUCGCAUCCCUCUAGGAGUGACAGCUGGCAUUUGUCCUUUCAACUUCCCUGCUAUGAUUCCACUGUGGAUGUUCCCGUUAGCCAUUGCUACCGGCAAUACUAUGCUUCUCAAACCCUCAGAACAAGAUCCUGGGGCGUGCAUGAUGCUUGUUGAGCUAGCCAAGGAGGCUGGAAUACCUGAUGGUUGCGUUAACGUUAUUCACGGACAACAUGAUGCAGUAAAUUUCAUAUGCGAUCAUCCUGCUAUUCGUGCCAUAUCUUUCGUUGGGGCUGACACAGCUGGAAAACACAUUUACGAAAGAGGUGCUCAAAACGGAAAGCGUGUGCAGUCUAAUAUGGGAGCGAAAAAUCAUGGAGUUAUAAUGGCGGACUGCAAUAAGGAGCAGACCCUCAAUCAAUUAACCGCUGCUGCAUUUGGAGCCGCUGGUCAGCGUUGUAUGGCUCUAACCACUGCGAUACUCGUUGGAGAAGCCCGCGCCUGGCUUCCAGAAAUUGUGGAAAAGGCCAAGAAACUGCAUGUGAACGCAGGAUGGAAGCCAGACACAGACGUUGGUCCGCUGAUCUCAAAAGCAGCCAAAAAUCGCGUAAUCAGUCUUAUCCAAGGAGCCAAAAAGGAAGGAGCUAAUGUCGCUCUAGAUGGAAGCGACAUUGUCGUACCCGGAUUCGAAAAUGGUAACUUCGUUGGUCCGUCUGUCAUUGCUGGAGUAAAGCCAAACAUGACCUGUUACAAGGAAGAAAUAUUCGGUCCUGUAUUAGUGAUUAUGGAAGCUGAGAAUUUGAACGAAGCAACAGAAAUUAUCAACCAGAAUCCAUACGGAAACGGAACAGCAAUUUUCACUUCAAAUGGUGCUACUGCCAGAAAGUUUACAAACGAGGUAGAUGUCGGACAAGUCGGUGUCAAUGUGCCAAUCCCUGUCCCUCUUCCGAUGUUCUCCUUUACUGGUUCACGUGGAUCAUUCCUUGGAGAUAUGAAUUUCUAUGGAAAGGCCGGCAUCAAUUUUUACUCACAAUGGAAGACAGUUACACAAUACUGGAACGAAAGCUUAACAGAGUUGAAGCCUCAAAUGUCUUUCCCUCAGCUUAAGUGA